AUGAAGUCCUUCACAGCAAUCUCUCUGAUUACCGCAAUGGCCGCGACGGUCACUGCAGCUCCCGCUCCCAUUGACUACACACCUCCUGGUGGCUGGGGCUCGGUCGAUUACAGCAAGGUGGACUACAGCAACGUGGAUUGGUCAAAGGUAGACUACAGCCACGUCGACUACAGCAAAGUCGACUGGUCCAAAGUCGACUACAGCAAGGUCGACUACAAAAAGGUCGACUGGUCCAAGGUCGACUACAAAAAGGUCGACUGGUCCAAGGUCAACUACGACAACAAGGGCUACGCCCAGUGGGACAGCGCGGCCAAGAUCUUCACCUCGUCCUACAGCGUCCAGGCCACGCCGGACCAGGUGGUCAACGGCACCGCCCCGGGCCCGUUCACCCUGACCGGCGGCCUCAAGGGCUCCAGGGGCACGUUCAGCUACGGCAUCAUCUCCGACGCGAACACCAUCUGCUACCACAUCGAGAUCCACGGGUUCAGGGGCAACUACCAGUCGCCCGCCAAGACGGCGACGCACAUCCACCAGGCGGCUAGGGGCGCGAACGGCCCGCCGCGCCUGGCGUUCCCGAACCCCGUCGCCGUCGACGAGCACCAGCCCGAGGGCAAGCGCGUCAGUGUCGGGUGUAUCGCCGGCCCGUUCACCACAGGCCUCACGGCCAACGGUGCAGACACGGGCGCUGGCUUCCAUGUCGGCCAGAUCGAGAAAGACCCCAAGGCGUUCUUUACCGACGUCCACUCGAGUCUCGCUGUGCCCGGUGCCAUCCGUGGGCAGUUGGCUUGA